AUAGUUUCUUUGAGCACAAAGUUUAAAAAAUGAAAACAUACUUUUGAAAUUUAUGAUUAAAUUAAAAAUGUGUGUAAUUUUUCAAAUUUUAUAGUCUUAAACUUACAAGUAGAAUAUAGGAAUUGAAAAAAUUAUUUAAUAAAAAAGAAAUAUCUUAUUAAGACAUAAAAAAAUAAAUAAUAAGACACUUAAAUCGAGAGUAAGUAUUAUAUAUAAGUUCUAACAUAAAUGUUGUUGAAUUUUUAUUUAAUAAUCCUACUGAGACAUAUCAGUGAUCAUUCUUGUUUAAAAAUUACUAUUUGCAUUCAACAGGUGAAGAAAUGUUGUUAGUAAUUGAAGAUUGCAAAAUUUUUCUUGUCAAAAAAAAUCAUUUUGUGUUCAUUCUUGUUUUUCUUUUCAGAUUUGAGAAAUGGAGGUUGGCUUAGCAGUUGGUGUGCAUUUAUCUCUUCAGCUCUGAAUGUUCUCUUUGAUAGGCUUGCUCCUGAGGGUGAUCUUAUCAAAAUGUUUCGGACGCGUAAGAAUGGUGUUGAGCUCUUAGAGAAGCUGAAAUCGACUUUGCUUGGACUUCAAGCUGUGCUAAGUGAUGCAGAGAAUAAGCAGGCAUCAAAUCAAUUUGUGAGAGAAUGGCUUAAUGGGCUUCGAGUCGCUGUGGACUCUGCUGAAAACAUGAUUGGUGAAAUAUGGGAUCAGCAAAGUUGUUGGAAUGGUAUAUUACCAGCGUUAAUGUUGAGCUACAAUGAUCUUCCUCCACAUUUGAAGCGAUGUUUUGCUUUUUGUGCGAUAUAUCCCAAAGAUCAUGAAUUCUUCAAAGACCAAGUUAUUUACCUGUGGAUUGCUAAUGGUCUUGUAAAGCAGUUUUGUUUAGGUAAUAAAUACUUUGACGAGUUGAGAUCAAGAUCGUUGCUUGAAAGGGUCCCAGAAUCAGAAUGGAAAUCGGAGGGAUUCGUAAUGCACGACCUUAUCAAUGAUUUGGCCCAAACUGCAUCUUCAAAACAUUGUAUUAGGUUGGAAGAGAAUGAAGGAUCUGCUGAUAUGUUGGAACAAAGUCGGCACAUGUCCUAUUCCAGAGGAGAAGAUGGCCACUUUGAGAAAUUGAAACAACUCUCUGAAUCAGAGCAGCUGAGGACAUUGCUUUCAACCAAUGACUAUUACUCUCUAAAUCAUAUAAGCAAGAGGGUGUUGCAUAACAUACUGCCAAGACUGACAUCCUUAAGGGCAUUGUCAUUGUCAUGUUACUAUAUUAAGGAGUUGCCAAAUGACUUGUUUAUCAAAUUAAAGAUCCUCAGAUUUUUGGACCUUUCUCGGACAAUGAUUGAAAAGUUGCCAGAUUCCAUUUGUGUAUUGUAUAACUUGGAGACACUUCUCUUGUCAUCUUGUCAAUAUCUUGAGGAGCUACCACUGCAGAUGGAGAAGUUGAUCAACUUGCUUCAUCUUGACUUAACCAACACUUAUCGCUUGAAGAUGCCACUACAUCUGAGCAAGUUGAAAAGUCUCCAAAUGCUAGUGGGAGCCAAGUUUCUUGUAGGUAGUAGCGGUGGUUUGAGAAUGGAAGAUUUGGGUGAAGUACAGAACUUGUAUGGAUCUCUAUCAGUUUUAGAGUUGCAAAAUGUAGUUGAUAGAAGGGAAGCUGUGAAGGCAAAUAUGAAGGAAAAGGAGCAUGUUGAGGAGUUGUAUUUGCAGUGGAGUGACGGUAGUUCUGCUUACGAUUCUCAAACUGAAAGAGAGAUACUUGAUGAGCUAUACCCAUACACAAAUAUAAAACGAUUAGAAAUCACAGGAUAUAGAGGGGCAAAAUUUUCAAAUUGGCUUGCUGAUCCUUUGUUUCUUAAGCUUGUGAAAUUGUCUCUUAGCGAGUGCAAGGACUGUUAUUCCCUGCCAGCACUAGGACAGCUUCCUUGUUUAAAAUUCCUUUACAUUAGAGGGAUGCAUGGAAUAAGAGAGGUGACAGAAGAAUUCUAUGGCAGUUUCCUGUACUCCAAAAAGCCUUUUAACUCUCUUGAGAAGCUUGAAUUUAGAGAUAUGGCGGAGUGGAAGCAAUGGCACGUAUUAGGAAUUGGGGAGUUCCCUAUACUUGAGAAGCUUUCAAUUAAAAUGUGUCCGAAGUUGAUGGGGAAAUUGCCUGAAAAUCUUUGUUGUCUGACAGAAUUGAGUAUUUCAGAUACAUCUCUUUUUGAUGAUGCUCAACUGUUUAGAUCCCAACUUGAGGGAAUGAAGCAGAUUGAGGUAUUUUUUAUUAAUGAUUGUAACUCUCUUACCUCAUUACCUUUUAGCAUAUUGCCCAGUUCCUUGAAGAGAAUAUCCAUAUCUGGUUGUCAGAAAUUGAAAUUGGAGGAGGCAGUUGGUUAUUGUGACAUGUUUCUCGAGGAAUUGAGACUGCAUGCAUGUAAUUAUAUAGAUGAUAUAUCACCUGAGUUGCUCCCAACAGCACGUAAAUUGAGUGUAGAGAGUUGCCACAACCUUACUAGGUUUUUGAUUCCUACUGCCACUGAAAGUCUCACUAUUCAGGAUUGUGAGAAUGUUGAAAUACUUUCGGUGGCAGUUGACUCUGCGGUGACGUAUUUGUAUAUUCGGAAUCAUGAGAAGCUCAAGUGUCUGCCAGAAAUACAUCUCUUUAAUUUACAACUCCUUAUGAUCAGUAAUUGCAAGAAAGUAGUGAACAGCCGAAAGGAGUGGUGUUUACAGAGACUCACUGAGUUAGUGAUCAGACAUGAUGGCAGUGAUGAAGGGAUCCAACAUUGGCAGUUGCCUUGUUCUAUCACAAGACUUGCCAUAAAAAAUCUGAAAACAUUAAGCAGCCAAGUUCUGAAAAGCCUCACCUCUCUUCAAUAUCUAUAUGUUGAGGGUAAUAUACCGUCACUUGUGGAACAAGGUGGGCUUCCCUCCUCUCUUUCAGAGCUACAUUUACAUAACCAUGAUGAGCUCCAUUCACUACAUCUUUCCCACCUCACUUCACUUAUACAUCUACACAUCUUCGAUUGCCCUAAUCUCCAAUCACUCUCUGAAUCAGCACUGCCCUCCUCCCUCUCCGAGCUGACUAUCUUCUAUUGCCGUAAUCUCCAAUCACUUUCCGAAUCAGCACUGCCCUCCUCCCUCUCUCACCUGACCAUCAUCGAUCGCCGUAAUCUCCAAUCACUCUCCGAAUCAGCACUGCCCUCCUCCCUCUCUCAGCUGAACAUCUCCGACUGCCCUAAUCUCCAAUCCCUUCCAGUAAAAGAGAUGCCCUCUUCCCUCUCUAAACUAGAUAUUAGGAGAUGCCCAUUGCUCGAACCACUACUGGAAUUUGACAAAGGGAAAUACUGGCAAAAUAUUGCUCAAAUUCCCAUCUUAUACAUCAAUGGUGAAUGCAUGUGAUGAUUAAGACGAAGGGCUAUCCAACUGAUGUAAGUUAUUCUUUUCCCUCAGAAGCUCGUCAUUUUUGUUUCACUUAUCUUUUUUCCUAAUUUUUUUUAUAUCUUGUCGAGCAGUGUGGAAUGUCUUUUGCUCAAUCCACACCAAAAACUGCUCAUACAUCCAAGAAUAAAUGUUGAUUGGGAGAAUCUGUAAUGAUUAUCACGAGUGAUGCUCCGAUAGAUUUAAGUUAAUCUAUUUCCUCUUUUAAGAACUUGCAUGUUGAGCCCGAUAAAUAAUCUUCACUUCAAGAUAAAUUUAAUUUUAGAUACCAAAAAAAAA